AUGUUCCCAUUUAGGCCUGCAACAUCCUCCUCCCCUCCCCUAAGCAAUCCACCUACUCUCUCAGAUCAAGGCUACCCUGCAUCUCAACAAUGGAGUCACAAGCCUCCAAGUCCUACUCACUCUCAGGAAAAUAAUUUUUCGUCCGAGUUUACUGUGAAGGGACCUGCUGAGCCUGUUGUAGCCCUGCUCGGAGCAGAUGCCACUCUGCCCUGCCAGCUCUCCCCUGAGCAGAGUGCAGCUCACAUGCACAUCCGGUGGUACCGAGCCCAACUCUCCCCUGCUGUGCUUGUGUACCAAAAUGGACAGGAACAAGGUGGGGAGCAGAUGCUGGAGUACCGCGGCAGGACAGAGUUGGCGCAAGACGCCAUAGGCAAGGGGAGUGUGGCGCUACUGAUACAGCACGUCCGGGCCUCUGAUAACGGCCAGUACAGGUGUCGUUUUAAGAAUGGUGACAUCUCCCAAGAGGCCAUUGUGGAGCUAAAUGUUAUAGGCUUGGGCUCUGCCCCUCAAGUACACAUGACGGGGCCUGAGGAUGGUGGGAUCCGAGUGCUGUGUUCCUCCGGCGGCUGGUUCCCAAAACCCAAGGUGCAGUGGGGAGACAUGGCAGGAGUGAAGCUACCAUCCUUUUCUGAGUCCCAGACUCAAGAUGGAGAUGGACUCUUCCAUGUGGAGGCAUCUCUUGUGGUCACGGACAGCAGCCUGGGCAAUGUGACCUGCUCGGUACAGAAUCCUGUCUCUGGCCAAGAGAAAGUGUCAGCCAUCUUCCUCCCAGAACCCUUCUUCCCCAGGAUGUCUCCAUGGAAGGCAGCCCUGUCUGGGACACUCCCUGUGCUAGGGCUUCUCCUCAUUGGGAUCAGCUACAUUGGGUGGACAGAACAUAAAGCCAAACAGAGAGAAAUAGAGAAAACGGAAGAAGAAGCUCAUAAAAGAGAUGAGACGAAAAAAAAGAAGAAAACUGCACUUGAGGCCAAAGGUAAAUUGGAGCAACAGAGAAAAUCAGAGGUUUUCUGAAAUACACAAUGAUGGCCUUUUCCUUUUUUUUUUUUCCUUCCAGCCCUUGUGACUCUGAAAUAUGAAAACUUUCAUCAGAACAAUUCAGAUCCAGAGAGAAAAGAGAACUCCAGAGAGGAAACACAAGAUAUAUCUCUCAGAGAAGGCAACCUUAUCACACUUAAUCAGAAAAGCUUCACUUCAGGGAGAUAUUAUUGGGAAGUGGACACUGGGGACUCUGAUGAAUGGGCUCUUGGCAUUUAUGAGGAACACACAGAUGACAAUGACAAAGAUGUACCACUAAAGAAAUUCAGAGUGUUAGAGAAAAGGGGAUGUAACUACAGGGCUCUCACCUGUGGUCCCAAAGUCAUUUCCCAAGAAAAGCCACUCUCGAUAGAGAAAGUUCCACAAAAGAUUGUGAUUUUCUUGGAUUAUGAGGAUAGUGACAUUUCAUUCUACAACAUGAUUGAGGGUACCCACAUCUUCUCCUUCACCCAAGUGAGCUUCUCUGGGUCACUCUAUCCUUACUUCAAACUUAACUCUAUGGAGUUCUCAUCACCUGCACAACGUUAAGUGACUGAGAGGAAGACCCUAUACCAUGAAUACAGUAACUCAUUCUCUGUAAACUCCAGGAUCCCAUAUCUGUAGGUGGCCUUAGUCUCCACUGAUUAGGUGACUUCUUGGGAAAAGCUCUAUAAUUCUCUAUGACUAGAGUUUCUGAUCUUAUCAGGCAGUGCUUCUCAAACAAUCUGCAGAGAAGGACCAGAUGUUGUUGUUGUUGUUGAUGAUUCUAUUGUGGUAAAUAUUGUUUUUUGCUUUAUAUCCAAUCAAUCGCAGACUGAUAAUUUUCUAAAACGAAUU